AUGCUUGGGUCGCGUCAGGUCUCGGUCGCUUCUCAACGCAAUCUUUGGAUCGUCAACUUUCUUCCCACGAGAGAUUGGUUGGUUGAUCGAUACACUCGUACCAUUAAAGUAUGGAUGGCGUCGCGAUUAUCCUGGCUCGGCUCCUGUACCAAUUCCCAGCUCGGAAUCUUAGCUAGAGCUGUUGGCGUCAAUUCGUCUGGUACCAAACCUAUUCUGACCGCCCAUCUGCUAGACCAUCUUCCCAAAGCAACUGUCGCUCCUUACAAGCACCGGGAUACUCUACAGGAGCCAUGCAGGAUCCUCAGUAUAGAUAUGGGCAUUCGCAACCUCGCAUACUGCUGCCUCGUCCUUCCUCGUACCGGCAGCGGGAUUGCGACAGAUAUUGGAAACCCCGUGGUCGAAGAUUGGACUCGUAUCGCUAUUUCUAAAGACUUGGACAAUUCAAAGCAAGCUGAAGAUCUGGUGCCGAACAAGGCGAUCAAAGAAUUGAAGCGGUCAGGGAAGAUCAAAAUUUCAAAUCCAAAGGAGGCGUUCGAUCCAGCAACUUACUCCCAGCAUGCAUACGACCUUAUCACCACUCUCCUAGAGGACCUAAAACCUACCCACAUUCUAAUUGAACGGCAAAGAUUUAGAUCAAUGGGUGGAUCAGCAGUGCAGGAAUGGACUUUGCGCGUUAAUAUGUUCGAAGCUAUGGUUUAUGCUGUCUUGAAAACGUUUGCGGAACGUGGAUUAUGGAAGGGGACUGUACAUCCGAUUGCUCCUUCGAAGGUAUCGAGUUUUUGGAUCACGAACAAGCAGGGUGCUAUAAAGGAGGGACCGGGUUCCAAAAGCGCGAAGACUAAGACAGCAAAGAUAGAAUUAGUUGCGGAAUGGUUGGAUGAAGGAGCUCACUUUGAAUUGAAAGGAGCAGCUGCGCAGUUGGGUCAAGCAUAUUUGAGGAAGAAGCGGAGGAAAGAUAGCAAGUCGUUGGUGAAGCAGAAGAAGCUGUCAGGAUCCAAAGCACAGGGUGUUGCGCAGGAUUCGGUGGAAAAGCUUGAUGAUUUGGCUGAUUGCUUGCUUCAAGCCAUGGCAUGGAUUAAGUGGGAGAAGAACCGAAGAUUGAUCAUGGCAAGAGGAGCAGCAGCACUAGGGGAACUGGAGGAACACUAA